AUGAACAGCAUAUUUACGAUAUUAUUGAAAAAAAUUGUAUUCUUUCUCCAGUAUAUUGUUUAUGAAAUCAAAUAUUACCUAAUUGGAGGACAGGCAAUAAUUGAUGAUUUAUUACAUGGAAAAUAUAAUAUUUGUGAAAUUGAAGACAGGAGUGGAAAAAUUGCUGUUGUUACUGGAGGAGCAAGAGGAAUUGGUUCUGUAUUAGUAAAAAAACUUUUGCAAUGUAAUAUGCAUGUUAUUAUUUGUUGCCGAGAUGUAAAUAGGGGAUCUCAACUGAUAGAGAAAUAUCGAAAAAAUGGAAUUAAAACUGGAUUUGCUUAUAUUUAUCAUUUGGAUUUGACAUCUUUAAAGUCUGUAAGAGACUGUGCUAAAAAAAUCUCCCAAGAUUUUAUACAAUUAAAUAUUUUAGUCAACAAUGCUGGAAUAAUGUUCUCUCCCUACUCUGAAACCGAAGAAGGAUUUGAAUCACAGUGGGGGGUAAAUUACAUGGGUCAUUUCUACUUAUCUCAUCUUCUUUUACCAUUACUCGAAAAAGGAGGAUCAGACACCAAAGGAAGGAUUGUGAAUAUAACUUCUUGUGCUCACAGUGUUAUUAAUUUGAUCCAGUUUGAUAAUAUCAAUAUGAAGAAUUAUUUUAUAACAAGCAAGGCUUAUGCACAAUCCAAGCUUGCUCAAAUAUUAUUUACUAUUCAUCUAGAAAAAUUUUUAAGGAAAAGUAAUAGUAAUGUUCAUGUUCUCUCAGUUCAUCCUGGAGUUGUUAAUACUGACAUAUUUAAUGGUACAAUUUUAAAGAUAAUAUUUCCAUGGGUUCUCCAUUAUCUAUGCAAGAGUGUUGAUGAAGGUGCUACAACAGUAUUGUAUCCCUGCAUUAGUUCUAAAUUGGAAGGAAAAGGUGGCUUGUACCUUAGCAAUUGCUGUAUUACAUCCCCAUCUAAAUUAUCUGAAAAUUCUAAUCUUCAAAAUAUGUUAUUUAAUUAUACUAUGAAAGUUUUAAGUAUUAAUAAAUUUGGAAAUGUUUAG